AUGAUUUUUGACUGGUUUAAUGGGGAGGUAAUAAGUGUAUUUUGUAACAAAAAUAUGGACAAGCCAGAAUUCCGACAGAGAUUCCUAGCACAUAUAAAAACAUUUGAUAUAUCAUGCCAGAGAAAGUUAGCACACACCUUAUCUCCUCUAUUUAUAGCUUGUCAGAAUAAUCAGUUUGAUGUUGUUAAGCUGUUGGUUGAAAACAAUGCAGAUAUAGAUAGAUGUAAGAAUAAUAAAGUAUCUCCCUUGUUUAUAGCUUGUCAAAAUAAUCAUGUUGGCAUAAUUAAGUUUUUACUUGACAAAAAAGCAGACAUAAAUAAAUGUGAAGAUACAGGAGUAUCUCCUCUGUUUAUAGCUUGUCAGAAUAAUUAUGUUGACAUAGUCAAUAUGUUACUUGACAACAAGGCAGACGUUAAUCAAUUAAGAACUGAUAGUGUUUCUCCCCUGUUCAUUGCCUGUUAUACAAAUAAUUUUGAGAUAGUAAAAGUUUUACUGCAAAACAAGGCAGACACAAACAAGUGUAGGAAUGAUGGGACUUCUCCCCUAAUGAUAGCUUGUUACCAUGGAAAUACAAAUAUUGUACAGAUUUUAAUUGACAAUAAGGUAGAUAUUAAUAAGUGUGAAGAUACUGGAGGAUCUCCGCUGUUUGCUGCCUGUCAGAACAAUUUUGUUGACAUAAUUAAGUUGUUACUGGAAAACAAGGCACACAUUAAUAAGUCUAGAACUAAUGGAGCAUCUCCUCUGUUAAUUGCAUGUCAAAAAGGAUAUGAGAAUACAGUACAGCUGUUACUAGACCACAAAGCAGACUCUAAAGGUACGAAUAACGAAGCAUCGUCUCUGGUUAAUUCAUGCAAGAAGAUGUUACUGGACAGCGAGGUUGAUAUCAAUAAGUGCGACAAUGGUGGAUCAUCUCCUCUGUUGGUUGCUUGCGAGAAAGGAUAUACAAACAUAGUCAAGCUGUUACUUGAAAAUAAAACAGAUAUUAAUAAGUGUCGAUAUAAUGGAGUAUCUCCUCUGUUUAUUGCUUGUCCGAAUAAUUAUUUUGAUACAGUAAAACUAUUAAUAAAAAAUGAUGCGGACAUCGACACGUGUAAAGAUACUGGAACAUCCCCCUUGUUUAUUGCUUGCCAGCAAGGAUGUCAAAAUGUGGUACAACUGCUGCUUGAAAAUAAAGCUGAUAUUAAUAAGUGUAGGAAUAAUGGGGCAUCUCCCCUGUUUAUUGCAUGUCAGAACAAUCAUGCUGAUAUAGUUAAAUUGUUACUUGGCAACAAAGCUGAUAUUAAUAAGUGUAUGAAUGAUUGGGCAUCUCCCCUGUUUAUUGCCGAUCAGAGAAACCAUGAUGAUAUAGUCCAAUUGUUACUUAACAACUUGGCAAGCAUUGAUAAAGGAAGCGGUAAUUAAGUAUAAUCCACUUUGAUGGAUGAAGAAAUAAUCAUAUUUUUUUUAAAAGAUCAGAUUGGAAUUGAAGUACCAGUGAUCGCCAAAACAAAUUGCCUUUGAGAAAGAUAAUUUUGCUUUAGUGACUCUUAUUUUAAACAUUCUAGAGAUAAGCAGUUUAUAUAGAACGAGAUAGUUACAAAGCAAAGGUACACUUCUGUUGAGAAAAAAAAAAGAACAGUGCAAUUCGUUCCUCGUACAAUAGUGAAUUAUGUAUCAGGGACGUUGCAAGCUCAUAGUUUUGAUAAUAAACCAGUGAAAGUAACCUAAUCGAAAUGCUAUAGUUGCAGAACAUAUUUUUUUUAGUUUGAAAACAACAUUUGAUUCAUGCAAUCGCUACACGGAUAACAUUCAAAGGCAUGCUUGUCAGACAUAAUUCACUUGCCUUUGACUUCAUAGUAUGGUUCAGUUAUCAAUAUUUGAUUAUAAAAUGAGGAUAGACUCUUUCUAUGUUUUUUUUAAAUGCAAUCGAACUUCUAAAUCCAAAAAUCUAUGCGUGCAUUUACUAUUUCAAAUAUAUGAUUUCUAUCAAAGUGGCAAAUUUAAUUUCUAUUAUUGCAAAAAAUAUUGUAAAGGAAAUAAUGGAAAUUAUGAAUGCUAGUUGCCAACCAGAUACUGACAUAUUUUCGCAUUAAUAUAAACAUUGCAAUGACAAAUGAAUUUACAUGUGUUUUUCGCUUAUAACAUUCUUUGCUGAUAUCAGCAUUCUAAACUAUCACAACAAACAUAAUUAUGUCUACAACAGGCAUGGGGUAAUGCAAAUUUGUAAUUGUAAUGCAUGAUAAUGCAUUACAUUUUUCCAAGUAAUUGCAUGUAAUGUGUAGUGCAGCAAUUUUUGCAUUACAUGUAAUUGUGAUUUAAUGCAUUACUUCAGCAAAAAGUUGUGUAAUUUCAUGCAUUACAUUGCAUUCCAUGGCAUUACUUUUUUCACAUACUAUAUAUCUUUAACAGAUUGUUGGAGAUUAAACUAAAGCAGAAUUUAAGAUGUUUUUAUUAAGAACAUAAUCAUUUAAAUAUUGAUUUUCUAUUUUAUUUAUAUUUCACACUUUACAUAAAUUACUAGAGGAAAUUCGGUGAUUAAGCCUUGCCCCAGGUAGAACUUGAAAAGAAAAAAAUUAAAGUGGUAUAAUACUAGAAUGACCAAAUUACAAUUCUAAAUGAAUAACACAACACUGUGUAUCAGAUAGAGUUUUUUUUUUAAUUAUUACAUUUUAUUUUAUACAUUUUCCUGCAUAAAAAGAUUGAUAUUUGAAAAGCAUUACUGUGAAAGUGUUCCAUUGUUGUCAAAAGAUCACAUGAUUAAAAUAACAGAUAAUUGAACAUUGUCAUAAAACACUAAUUUGUUUGUUUUACAAUCAAUCUUUUCACCAUUUUGACACUUGGUCAUAAAUUAAGCUCUUUGUUUAUUAUAUAAUCAGGAAAGAAAUUCUCAGUAAAUAUUUUGAUUGAAAUUUUUAAAAAAAUGCAUAUUUAUAAAAGUAAAGUUAACAUUAAGUUAAAAUAAGUAUUAAACUUCAUCUCUGUAAUCUCGUUUUUGAGAAAACACAGAGAUGUGUACCUUUAAACAUUAAAACCAAAGAUAGAAGAGCAAUCUACUUUGAUAGUUUUUGUAAAACAGUCGGGUAGUCAGAAAUAUUAUUCACCAUGAAACCUUCGAAACCCUUAUGAUAUUAAAAUGUAAUAGUCGUAUUGAAUAGACUUUUUACAUGUAUACCAAAAAUUCAAUAUAUGGAACAGUUACUGCAUAUGCUAGAAUCU